UUUUAAGAUACAGACUUGUCCCGCUAACUUUGCCUAGCUCUUUGCAAAUAGAGUCUCACUCUUGUUCUUUAACGUGCCUGGUGUAUAGCACCGAUACACGCGAAGCCGUCUCUCCUGGGAAGAACCAGUACAGGCCUCUAAGUUAGAUGGGAGACACUCAAGAGCAUCUCAGAAAUUUCCAGUGCUUGGACCGGGAUUCGAACCCCGGACCUCUGGAUUGACAGUCAAGCGUGUAUUCAAACAUUUCUCAGUAUAUGAUUGAUAUUUUAUGCUUAUAUCUGAAAUAUGAUAAAACAAAAAGCAAAAUCGAACAUGUCCAAUAACAAAGCUUUUUGAAGCACCCUCGUAUCUCUCUGUUUGUUAAAUUGCAUUAUUUAUCUAGAGUGCAUAUUGCUUUUUUAAUGUUUCACCGAUAAGCCUGCACAUUAAGUCCAAACAUGUGCAAGCGUUUAAUACGCUUAUAUUAUGCAUACUGGUGUACAGGCUCGUUGAGUUCAACUAACGCGCUUAAAGUUAUGUCCUACUUUUUGUUAUAAACAAAUUAAGUAUUUUCUUGCUAUGGAUUGACUUUAUUGGAUUCGUGACUUGCUUCAUUGGAUGAGCCUGUGAGGUAAUUAGUUGUUGUUGUUUUGUCCGAAAGAAAGUUCUGUUGUGGUACUUUCCCUUCUGGUCAUGUUAAAUUGGAUGAACCAGCGAGAACUGAACGUGAGCGACUUCCGGUUCCGAAGCGAUGAACAAAACACAUACCAGAGGCAUAUUUUAAAAGUCAGCGGUUUUCAUACUUGUCUAUGGCCGGGACAAGAUGGCCUCACAACUACGUUAUAGAAAAGAAACAGGCCCUAGCCUCAAAGACUUACCCAGUUCGUUUUUUCACAAUGCAUAUAGCAAACUGGGAUAUACGAAGACGCUUUCGGAAAAGCGAGUUCAAAUAAUGGAACAUGCUUUCGCCUAUUUAACUCGGAAUUCCGACAAAAACUAGGGGGAGGGCUUGCAAGUUCAGGUUGCCGGAAGCCGCGGAGAAGGAACAGCAGUUACUUUAAGUAGUGCUGUUGAUUUGCUAUAUAUUCAGCCCUUAGUAAGAUGCUUUGAAACGGAUCAGUUAGCAACAAAACUUGAAGAUGCCGUUGCCACUUUUCAAAUGGACUUGGCUGACUCUCCGCCAGGUUAUGCUAAGCUAGGACUGUUAUCAAUAAAUGAAAGGUCGGACUCGUUUGACCUAAAGAAAAAUAACCUCCUUCAAAGGCUAAAUGAUGCGUUAAAACAAAAGGAUGGACACCAGUAUCUUUUGAAUGACCAGAUAUUAGUAUCUCCAGUAGAGUAUGGUAGGUUAGGGUACAUAAGAGAAGGAUGGUUGAGUAAUGAACAAAAAGUUGAUGGAAUAAGUGGGCCUGCACAACCGGUUGAACCGGAUGAAGUUCCCAUUCAGUGUAGACAAAUAUUUGAAAGUGGAUUUUGUUCCAGCCUUGCCUUGCUUGUAUCCGUCAGCAUUAGAAGCAUGGCGCAACCGCCAGAGAUCACACGAUUGGCCUAGUAAAGAAGAUAUAAAAGCAGUUUUAGAAUGUAAUGUUCUUGUUGUACCUGCAGGGGAACCAGGUAGUGAUGACGUACUGAACUGGAGAAUUUCUUUUACACUAGCCGAGCGACAUUUGGUACGUUCGUUCAAUGACACUCAGAUCAAAGUGUAUGCUGCGCUGAAAAUGUUAGCUAAGCAUCAACUGAAGCCAAAAUGUUCUGCCAUCACUUCAUACGUGGUGAAAAAUAUUCUUUUCUGGGUGUUUGAGACGAAUCCAGCUUCCCCAAAAGGCUCGGAGAAGGAGGACUUCAUCUUCAUCGAAAUAGAGGUAAUCUGAAAAAUUACAUGAUUCCUUCCAGGAACUUGCUGAAGGAUAAAAUCACAGAGACAGAAAAAACAUACUUAUUGCAAUAUCUUGAACUUAUGAUUGAAGAAAGGGCAAGCGUUUUACUGCUGUGUCCCUUGGUGAAGAAGAUGUCUGAUUUGUAUGAAGAUGAACUGAUGACUGAAAAAAGGGAAAGGUUAUUACUGCUGUGUCGUCUCUUGAUGAAGGAGAUGUCUGAUUUAUAUGAAGAUGAACAUAUGAUUGAAGAAAGGGCAAGGGAAUUACUGAUGUAUCCUUUGGCGAAGGAGAUGUUUGAGUUUUAUGACGAUGAAGUUGCUUUACAGCGUAAGCUUACAUUCAGAGAAGUAGUAGAAGAGAUUGGUAUGACCUUUAUUUCACUUUCCCUAAUUCCACGUGAAGUAGAGACCAAAAUAGAACAUUCGAUAAGUCACGCACAGACAAAGGCUGAACUUAUAAGUUCUGUUAUAAUAAUAAUUGUGAAUCUGUUUCCUCUUUUACGAAGGAAAAAUCCGUUUGGAUUUUUCGACCACAUUAUUCAGAUGGACAACGCAGAGAUUAUGUAUCGUCUUCUAGAAGGAUUAGUAAUGAACGAUUGGUGGAUAUGGACCGGCUAUAGCAGAGCAGCGUCUUCUUAAACACAUUGCUAAGGCUUUGUUACAUCAAUAUUACAUUUAAGAGGUACAUUUUGUAUAUUGUUAUCAGGAAUUGUUUCUUCUGUCACGUUACGGUUGAAUUCAUCAAAAUGUGAGUGUGGGUAGAAAGAUAAUUAAAAAGAAAAUAUAUUGGCCAUCUCUCACAUAAGCUGACAAUGACAAAAAGGCAAUGGCACACAGGCAGUUGAAGUAAGACCUUUAUAUUAGUGCUCUGUAAAUACUAAAUAUAGUAUAGUUAAGCAGAGUCCGUGCUGACACCGCUUGUAAUGACAAGUAAGAAUCCCUUAGACCAUUUCGUAACAAAACCUCAGAAAGUGUUGCUCAAAUAACCAUAACCAAUAUCGUAGAGUCUACUUCUCGUCACAUCAAAACAAGGAUUAAAUUGCAUGAACAGACUAGAGAGACUUUAUACGGCCCUGUACUGCACAAGUAAAGGAAGAGCUUAGGAUUGGGACAUGUUUUGAACAGCGACAUCGCAUUUCAGUGAAAAUUAAGAACGCUUAUAACUAACAUCGGAAAACCAGCACGUUAACGUAGCCUGAUACAAAACGUUGAUGACGUACGUAUGGAAUUUAAGCAUCGAAUUAAUAAGUAUGUCGGACGCGUCUGUUCGAAAGAGGAAAAACAGCUCGCUGAGUUGACCUCAUGAGUACGCCGAGGUCUAAUAUCUGAUUACACACUAGUUAAGUUAUUAUACAGAUCUUUUAAAAUAAAUGUUUUUAUGUAAUAAACAUUAAUUUCUCGGUAUAGCGAGUUUUUUUGGAUGCAAUGUAAUACUGCAACUAUUGCAAUGGACAUAUUAGAUACCUGAAAUAUAAAAAAUGACAUUCAUUAGACAAGUGUACAUCAUAUAAAUAUUAAUAAACAUUAAAUAUUACUUUAUUUUUGAAAAACAAAAUGGUAGAAGGUCAUGAUUUUAUACAUUUGUUUUAUCUGACAUCAAAAAAAAAUCUUAAUUCUAAAUUCUAAUUUACCUGUCAUAUUUUGAAGUUAUUUUGCAACCGAAACUGAUUUCGGAAAAUUCGUAUACAAAAACACCAUUUACAGAGGAGAGCUUUACUUACAUUUUAAAUUUUGAAAUACUGGGAUUAUUUUAAACGAGAUGUAUAUUUAUCCCACAUUUACUCAUUCCAUGGUAUUUAUUUCACACAUCAAGAAUUGAAUUUGCACGAAAACGUCGAAAAUAAGAGUGAAUUUUACUGAAUUUAUUUUUUUCUUGACGAAAGUUAGUGCAUGAUAUUUGUUAUUAUAUGUACCUAUGGAUAUUUGUCGUUCGUCAUAUUAUUUCAACCCUGAGCCUGUGAGGUAGUAGAUGCGCAAGCGCAAAAGUAUUAUUAUCGGAUGUGUUAUCGCUUCGCAGGUAAUUUAUUGGUUUUAUUCCUAAUUUUAAUGAAUGAAAGUAUACAAUUGUAUAGCUCUGCAUGUUGCAAAAAUAGUGGUUUAUCUUAAACUAACAUUGAUAGAGGAAAGCAUGCGUUAAAACCGUUGUGCAGAUGACCUAGUUUUUGAUGCAUGAGAAUGCUUUUGGGUACGUGGCCAUACUGUUUUGUGAUAUAACUGAUGCUGUGAUAAAAGAAAGAUAAGAGAAAUCUGAGACAUUUGCAGUAGUCAUACAUGUUUAUUCAUCAAUUAAAUAUGUUUAUUAUAUGUUGACCUACUUGUGGUUGUUUACAUUUACAUUUACGUACCACGUGAUAUGUAUCAACCAACCAGAACCAGUCAGAUGUACGGGGUUGUCUUUGUUGAAAAAGAAUUGUUUGAAAAGCAAGGGGAAUUCGUGAUUAUAAGUGUGUUUUGAUAUUUCUGUAUGCGUUUCUGUAUCGUUUUUGUUAUGAAUGUCACCCAGAAGAAAGUACAGGUAGUUUACGUAUGUGAUUGAUUUAUGAUGAAGCUGGAAAAAGGCUUAUA